GCUGCGUUCGGCUUGCGCUUGAUUUUAUUUAACAUUUUUUUUUUUUUAUUUUCAUAUCGGUGUGUUGUUGUUAUUGGCACAUUAGUGGAGAAAACGUACGUCAGGAAUGGGACUGCGGUACACAUAUUCCGUUUGUUCGGUCGUUUGGAGGAAAAAUUUCGUGUUUAUGUGUUACUUUUUACUUUUGUUCGGAUGUGUCGGAAUUUACGGUCAAGCGCAAAAAAGUCGGAAAAAGGCAGAGACUUUUGGUGAAUUAUUCAACACCACAUCCUGCAUACCAAAACCAUACAGAUGUCCGCACAGACAGAUCCAAUUCUUUCUCUACACACGGAGAACGCAGCAGAAUCCUGAACUGUUGGACACAACCAAAGAAGAGUCACUGUACAACAGUCAGUUCAACAGGGCAAAUCCCACGAAGAUUGUUGUACAUGGAUUCGGGGGCGGCCGUAAUUUGUCCCCCAGCACUGAUAUGAGAGAAGCAUAUUUCUAUCGGGGAAAUUACAAUAUUAUAAUCGUGGAUUAUGGCACUUUAGUACGAGAACCGUGUUUGAAACAAAUGGAGUGGGCACCAAGAUUUUGUGCAAAAUGUAUAGCACAGUUGGUGCGCUAUCUAACACAGCAUCCUCGAGGGAUUCGUGCAGAUGACAUGCAUCUAAUAGGAUACAGUGUGGGUGCCCACAUUUCCGGUUUGGUCGCCAAUUAUAUCAGUCCAGUUUUGGAUGGCAAAAUCGGACGGAUCACCGGUUUGGACCCAACUAUAGUGUUUUACAUGGGCAAAAACACCUCCAAAGACUUGGACAGCACCGACGCCCAUUUCGUGGACAUUCUACACACCGGUGCGGGAAUUUUGGGGCAGUGGGGACCGAACGGCCACGCAGACUUUUACAUAAACGGCGGUUCAAGUCAGCCCGGAUGUGCCAGCGACACGAUUUUCAAGACGUUAGCUUGUGAUCACACGAAAGUGACGCCGUAUUUUAUCGAAUCGAUCGUUACCAAAAAGGGAUUUUGGGCGUAUCCCUGUCCGACUUUGAUCAGCUUCAUGUUGGGCUGGUGCAGUCCGGACCCAAGCGAAUAUGUUCAAAUGGGAGAACACGUCACACACAAGGCAAGGGGGACUUACUAUGUGUCCACAAAUGCUGACCCACCAUAUGCACAGGGAUAUCCGGGGAAUAAAGUACAAAGACGUUCAUUGCUGGAACGCCUCCAGGGAGAAAGAAGAAGAAAGUAAUCUUUCACAAUAAUUUUGAGUUUUAGCUGUUAAUUGAUUAGUCAUUGCAUAAUUUAUUACAAUUGUUUAUGUUAUGGAACGCAGUCAAAAGUAAGUUACUAGGUAGAGUCUUGCCUAAAAGCUGCAUAAUUUAUUUGUACAUAGAAUUUUUUUAAAUACAUUUUAUUUUAAUUAGCUUUUUAUUUUAUAUUUACGAGGAAAUAAAACAGUUUAAACAUGA